UGUGUGUGUGUGUGUAGGUGUGUGUCUACUCAUCAGAUGACGUUUGUUUGCGGUCCCCCCCUAUAUCAUCCUGUCCAGAUGUGAGUUCCGAGUUACAGACAACUCGCUUUCAGAGAAGACUGUCACAUCUUGGAUCUGUACGUCCAACACAGCAGCAGAGAUGAAUGCAAAAUAUACCUUGGCACUGAUCCUGGCUCUGCAGGUCUCCAUGAGCCUGUGUGAGGUCCCCACCCCAUCGCAGGAGCUGGUUGACAAGUACACUGCAAUGAAAACAAUGUUCUAUAAGAGGCUGAUGAACAGUUAUCAAAAGCUCCAGGAGGCUGCUGCUCCUUUAGUGGAGAAAUUCGGUGAAAGCGAACACGGAAAGGAGGCCAAGACCUACGUGGAAGGUGUGCAGACCAAGCCCGAGUUCCAGGCCAUGGCUAAGAUUGCCAGUGGCUUCGCUGAGGAGGUAGGACCCCUGGUAGACAAGGCCCGUUCAUCAGUGCUGGGCGCAUACGAGGAACACCUGCGUCCCGCAUACGGCAACUACUUCAACGACAUCAUCGAGCAGAUCAAGGUCUACCUGGACAUGGUCAUGCCCGCUGAGUAAAGACGACCAACUUGAACAACCUGUCAGCGUCCUGUAGUAGAUGAUAGCGAAUAUAGAAACUUCACCAGUUUAGGCUGAGAAGAGCAAUGCACAAUGCAAAUACAAUAACUUGCCUCUUUCUACAAAUCAAUAUCUGUGCCAAAUCGCGCAGAGGCUAAAACAGGGCAAACAACACCUUUGCAAAUUGUGCAUGUACAGUAUUUUGUGUUUGAUACACUAACCAAAAGUCUGUGUGUAUGUAUAUGUGUGAAUGAGGUCAAUAAAAAGAACUGGAAACUA